AUGCUCCGCCCGCCCAGCACUUGUGCCUCCAUUUGCAACCACAUCCCUCCUGUUCAGCCCACUUCACCAACACUGCAUGUGAAUCCACCUGCCGGCCGGCCUCACCGGCCUGCAGCGGAGUCCACCUGCCGGCCAGCCUCACCAACCUGCAGCGGAGUCCACCUGCCGGCCAGCCUCACCAACCUGCAGCGGAGUCCACCUGCCGGCCAGCCUCCCCGGCCUGCAGCGGAGUCCACCUGCCGGCCGGCCUCACCGGCCUGCAGCGGAGUCCACCUGCCGGCCGGCCUCCCCGGCCUGCAGCGGAGUCCACCUGCCGGCCAGCCUCACCAACCUGCAGCGGAGUCCACCUGCCGGCCGGCCUCACCAGGCUGCAGCGGAGUCCACCUGCCGGCCGGCCUCACCAACCUGCAGCGGAGUCCACCUGCCGGCCGGCCUCACCGGGCUGCAGCGGAGUCCACCUGCCGGCCGGCCUCACCGGGCUGCAGCGGAGUCCACCUGCCGGCCGGCCUCACCGGGCUGCAGCGGAGUCCACCUGCCGGCCGGCCUCCCCGGCCUGCAGCGGAGUCCACCUGCCGGCCAGCCUCACCAACCUGCAGCGGAGUCCACCUGCCGGCCGGCCUCACCGGGCUGCAGCGGAGUCCACCUGCCGGCCGGCCUCACCGGGCUGCAGCGGAGUCCACCUGCCGGCCGGCCUCACCGGGCUGCAGCGGAGUCCACCUGCCGGCCGGCCUCACCGGCCUGCAGCGGAGUCCACCUGCCGGCCAGCCUCACCGGGCUGCAGCGGAGUCCACCUGCCGGCCAGCCUGCAGCGGAGUCCACCUGCCGGCCGGCCUCACCGGGCUGCAGCGGAGUCCACCUGCCGGCCAGCCUCACCAACCUGCAGCGGAGUCCACCUGCCGGCCAGCCUCCCCGGCCUGCAGCGGAGUCCACCUGCCGGCCAGCCUGCAGCGGAGUCCACCUGCCGGCCAGCCUCCCCGGCCUGCAGCGGAGUCCACCUGCCGGCCAGCCUGCAGCGGAGUCCACCUGCCGGCCGGCCUCCCCGUCCUGCAGUGGAGUCCACCUGCCGGCCGGCCUCACCAACCUGCAGCGGAGUCCACCUGCCGACCGGCCUCACCAACCUGCAGCGGAGUCCACCUGCCGGCCCUCACCAGCCUGCAGCGGAGUCCACCUGCCGACCGGCCUCACCGGCCUCCAGCGGAGUCCACCUGCCGACCGGCCUCACCGGCCUGCAGCGGAGUCCACCUGCCGACCGGCCUCACCGGCCUCCAGCGGAGUCCACCUGCCGACCGGCCUCACCGGCCUGCAGCGGAGUCCACCUGCCGACCGGCCUCACCGGCCUGCAGCGGAGUCCACCUCCCGGCCGGCCUCACCGGCCUCCAGCGGAGUCCACCUGCCGGCCGGCCUCCCCGGCCUGCAGCGGAGUCCACCUGCCGGCCGGCUUCCCCGGCCUGCAGCGGAGUCCACCUCCCGGCCGGCCUCCCCGGCCUGCAGCGGAGUCCACCUGCCGGCCGGCCUCACUGGUGGUGA